AUGCCAUUGAUGUGGAACACUUCCAUGCAUAUUAUUACUUGCAUUUACACAAUCUCAAAAUUCUUUGCUAUGGACAUCAUGAAAAGAGAAAAUCUUGCUCUAGUGUUAUAUUAUUUACUGCUUGUUUCCACAGGUUUUGAAGUUUAUGCACAAGGCCAAGACUAUGAUUACAGUUAUACAGCCGAGUGUUUGAAAAAUCCUCUUAAGCCACAGUAUGAAGGAGGGAUAGUGGUCAAUCCAGAACUUAAUGAUGGAUUAAAUGGAUGGACCAUUCUGGGAGAUGCUAAAAUUGAGAACGUCGUUUCAAGUGAUGGAAACAAUUUCAUUGUUGCCUCACACAGGAAAGGACCAUAUCAUGGUUUGUCACAAGAGUUUCAAUUGGAAAAAGACAUAAACUACGUAGUUUCUGGAUGGCUACAAGUGAACCAUGGUGAUGAUGCCAAUGUAGCAGUCAUAUUCAAGACACAGAGUGGUUUUCAACAUGCUGCUUGGGGCAUUGCUAAAUCUGGUUGUUGGUCCAUGUUUAAGGGUGGCUUAACUGUUAAUGCUUCUGGCCCUGCCCAACUCUAUUUUGAGACCAAUGAUCCGGCAGUUGACAUAUGGGUAGACAGUAUCUCAGUGCAACCAUUCAGCCAAGAAGAGUGGACGUCACAUCAAAAUCAAGCCAUUGAAAAGGUCCGGAAAAGCAAAGUGGCAAUCCAAGUGGUUGACUCACAAGGCAAGCCUUUACCUAAUGCAACAAUCUCGUUGAUACAAGGAAGAGCCAAUUUCCCAUUUGGUGUUGCUAUCAACAAAAACAUCCUUAACAACAAUGCUUACCAAAAUUGGUUCUUUUCAAGAUUCAAAUUCACAGUAUUUGAAGAUGAAAUGAAGUGGUACAGUACGGAGGUAAGUCAAGGCAAAAUAGACUACUCAACUUGUGAUGCAAUGGUGAAUUUAUGCAAGAGCAAAGGUGUCAGUAUCCGAGGCCAAAGUAUACUUUGGGAUGACCAAAAAUUUCAGCCAAAUUGGGUUCCCUCAUUGUCCCCACAACAACUCUCUGCGGCUGCUGGAAAAAGGGUCGAUUCUGUCGUCACUAAAUAUAGAGGCCAAGUUAUUCAUUGGGAUGUUAUGAAUGAAAACAUCCACUUCAAUUUCUUCGAGAGUAAACUUGGUGCAAAUGCAUCUGCUACUUAUUUUCGAUUGACUUCAGAUUUUGACAAGAAAACCCCUCUGUUCUUGAAUGAGUACAACACGAUAGAAGUGCCAGAAGAUGGAGUAUCAUCACCAGCCAAUUAUCUUAACAAGAUUAAACAAUUAAGAGCAGGAGGUUACGGGGGCUCUCUUGGAAUCGGAUUGGAAGGACAUUUUGCUGCUCCUAACCAGGCUUAUAUUAGGUCCGGACUCGAUACAAUGGCUUCUGCAAGAUUGCCCAUAUGGAUUACUGAGGUGGAUGUUAGACCCAACCAAAAUCAGGCACAAGUCUUGGAUCAAGUAAUAAAGGAGGUAGUUGCACACCCAGCUGUUCAAGGAGUAAUAAUUUGGUCGGCAUGGAAACCAACUGGAUGUUUCAGAAUGUGUUUGACUGAUAACAAUUUCAAAAAUCUACCAACCGGAGAUGUCGUCGACAAAAUUCGUGUGACGAUGUCACACGAGGGCUUGGUUGGGACUACAAAUGCCGAGGGUUACUUCGAGACUUCACUGUUUCAUGGAGAUUACAAAGCCAUUGUCGCUCAUCCUUCGAUGGCGGAUUCAUCCUUUCACCACGAUUUGACAGUGAUGCCCAUAGCUGAAAGUGAUGAGAAAUUAUCAUUAAGUUACAAAUUUACUGCUGCUUAAGACUAUUCAGGCCAUAGAGAUUAUGUAUAUAGCGUAAUGCAAUUUCUUUCUUGGAGUGCAUUUCAGUGUUUACAAUAAGUAUUAUGAUGAAUACAAAAGUUCAAUGAAAGCAU